AUGGCGCAGCAGGUACUCAGCUUUUUGAGCUGGUUGGGCCACAACCCAAAUUCUACACCACCAGAUAUGCCCAGCAAUGAGGAUGCGAAAGACACUUCAAACAUCCGCACACCAAUGUCUCCUGGAUGCCAAACCGAGCUCUACCAGUUCGCAAUCGAUGACAUUGAAGAAGUCGAAAGUUAUUACGGGUUGAUGUAUGACCUGAAAUCUGCUCGCGUACUAUUUGCCGCGAAAACCAAAGAUGGAACCAGAGUAGGGAUAUCUAAUUGGGAAACGUUCAUCAAAGCAAAGGGUGCUAGGGACGCAGUUGUAAAGAUGAAUGAGGAUCUGGAAGAACUCGCAAACAAAUACGGGCUAGCCUUGGAUGAGGGAUUGGACGCAGCUGAUAUCUUGGAGAAUGGGCGGAAAUGA